AUGAACGGAACAGGAGGGUUUUCUCCGCCUCAGCAGCAACCGCAGCAGCAGCCCCAGCCAUAUUCUCCCCCGUCUGGUGGCCAGAUCGCGCCCGGAUCUAUCACCUACACGACAUCCACUAGUGCGGAUGGUCAGGUUACAUAUCAUCCUUUCAGCUAUCAGACACCCCAAGGUGUUGUGCAUGGUAUUCAAUGGGUCCCUGCCGAAGCCACGCAGAUCUUGCCAACAGGCGCUCAACCUGCCAAUGCAGAAUUCGCUGCAUCCUUUAAUCGCGGCCAGCUCAGCAGGGAAGAAGAGAGGGAGCUUGAAAAGUGGAAACGGUCUGAGGAGAAGCGCAAAAAAAAAGAAGAGAAGGCAUCCCUCAAGAACAUCGCGAAACAGAUUGAAAGGGAUGAAAUAGAUAUCCGCAUGGCGCGCGAGAGGGAUACUCAGGUCAGAGGACGCAAAAAGAGCUUCUACGGAGAAGCACCUCCCUCUGGAUACUCCAUUCCGGGGACUGCUGCAUACGGCACCUACAGCAGUGCCGAUCUUGACCGCAGAUUCGACAGUCUCGACAUAGAGCGCAAGGAGGUUUCCUUCGCUGCAAGGCCCAGAAAGCUUUCUCAGAGUGGUGCAGGGGCAUACUCUUCCCCUCCCGCCACAUACAGUAGCCCAACAGGCUAUCCUACAACUGGAGGAGCUGGCCCUUACAACCGUGCAGCUUCUCCUUACAGACCUGUAAAAUUCCCUUCCACGUACCCUGGUGGACCGGAUCCCAUGGUGAGGGCGCCAUCUCCGUAUGGUGCACGAGCGCCCUCUCCUUAUGGUGCCCGAGCGCCCUCUCCUUAUGGGGCCAGAGCGCCUUCUCCUUAUGGGGCCACAGCACCCGCGCCCACUCCUUACGGUGCCAGAGCGCCCUCUCCAUAUGGCGCCAGAGCACCCUCUCCUUAUGGGGGACCAGGACCCUCUCCUUAUGGUGCUCGAGCGCCUUCUCCAAUGCCGCCGGUGCCCCGUGCUACUUCUCCAAUGCCGCCGGGGCCACCCCGUGCACCUUCUCCAUACGGACGCCCUGCAUCGACCUAUCCUCCUCCUCACCGCGCCCCUUCACCAUUUGUCCCCCCUGGGCAAAUCCAAUCACCCGUCGGGGGGCCCCGGUCGCGAGCACCCUCUCCAAUGCCCGGUGCGCCUGCUGGGCCAGGAUUCUCCUCAUCUCCACGUAUGCCUAACGUAGGAUUUGCUUCAUCUCCCCGUAUGCCCAACGCAGGAUUCCCUUCAUCCCCCCGUAUGCCCAACGCAGGAUUUUCUUCAUCCCCCCGUAUGCCCAACGCAGGAUUCCCUUCAUCCCCUCGCAUGCCCGGCGCUGCAACCGGAGGAGAUUCGUUACAACUCGCUGCUCCGGAGGCAUUCUCCCGUCCACCUAAUGCCGCUCAACCUUACACUCCGUUUAGCGUAAUGAGGAUCCAAGAGAUGGACAAAUUCUACGAUCAGAUUCCUCGCAUGCCACUUGACUGGAUCAGAUUCAUGAAUGAUCUUGCUCUCGCGUGGGCCGGCAAGAUGCCCAUUCAUGAGUUCUCCAAGGGGGGAGUUCCUCCCAAGCGGACCUCACUUGUUGCAGAUUUGAUCAAUCUGUGGAACGAUUCAUUUUUCCGCGCCCGUCGCGUUGAGGUGGUCCUCUACAAAGGCCGCGAGCGACGCUCAGGUCCACACACGGGGACCAUGGACAAAAACCUUCCAAUGCCUGACCUCGACUUUGAUUCUGAUUCUGAUUCGUCAGAAUCUUCUUCUCUCUCUUCGGAGUCUGAGGACGAGUACUACGGUCGCGGCGUUGAUCUCGCUGAAUCCAAGAGAAGGCGCCGAGAGAAGAAGGAGGAAAAGAAGUGGCGCAAGAAGGAAAAGAAGAUCAGGAAAAAGGCCAAGGAACGCGAGAGGCAGUACGCGUUGUACUUGAACUACAUCGCGCCUCGCGACAUGCCUGUUCCAGGAAAUUCUUACUAUGGUUGA